AUGCAGUCCGUACACAGACAGUUUGGAAGGCUUAUGAAGCGGAGUGCCGAUGACAGCCAGGUCUCGGUGAUGCUAAAAGACUUUGACGAAGCCGAUAAACUUCUGGCCAAGAUAAUCGAAUCCACAAAAGCCUGGCGUGAUGCCUGGGUAUCAAUAUUGACCUAUCAAGGCCGACUUGUCCACGAAUUCGAAGAAAUAUACGCGCCCAUUAUCGGCUCUUCAGAGUCGCCUAGCGAGCGAUCGCCAACCCCGAAACUGACAUCGAAAACCCUUAUUUCAAGAACCAACCGCCUUUACGAAGAAUAUGAAUCCCUUCGAACGGACUUGUCAGACGAAGUCCGUGCCGUUGAUGAUCGAAUAAUCAACCCAGCUCAGAAGGCCAAGGAUAUGAUAGCGCCUCUUAAGAAAACAAUCAAGAAACGAGAAGACAAAAAAUUGGAUUUUGAACACUUUCAAAAUCGGGUUGAUAACUAUUUGAAAAAAGCUAAACGAUCAGAUCGAGACAAUGCCGCCCUAGCCAAAGCCGAGAGCGAUUUAGCAAGAGCGAAAGAGGAGUACAACGGCGCAGACGAUCACCUGCGACAAAGCAUGCCACCGCUGCUUUCGGCAAUUUUUUCCCUCUUACCGUUUCUACUCGAAGCACAAAUCCAAAUACAGUACACGCUUCUGGCCAACUACUACACUGUCCUCCAUACCUACUCGGAGCAAGAACAGUUCCCGUCUCCGCCGCCGCCAAUGGAGCAAGUUAUCCAGACGUGGCAAAGUCAGGUUUCUCCCAUUCAACAGGAGACAGACGGGAUGGCGUGUAUUUCAAGCGGCAAGGGCCCUCGUACCAGCGAAGAACGACGCAAUGGAAGCAACGGCACUGGGCUUGGCUCGCGACGCCCCAGCUACAAUCGACAGAUAUCAGCUACUGCUUCGCCGACUCGCGGCCUUGCUCCCCCGGCUCCAAACCUGGACACAAAGCCACGGAUUGGAGAUUACCUGUCUACCUCGCCAUCUUCACACUCAAAUAGCUACAACUCCCGGAUUAGAUCGUCCUCUCCAGGCGCGUCCGAUUACGCAUCCAACAGUUCCUACCCUUCACCAGCAAUCACUCCUGGACGCCACGCUUCCCCUGGUCCGCGAGGUGAUUAUUUCAGCAGCCAGCCGUCAUCAUCAUCAUCAAAACCGACAACACCUGGCAUUAGUGGUAUCGGAGCAGCAGUAGCAGCAGCAGCAAAGAAAAAGCCUCCUCCACCACCGCCACCACCGCGUGCCUCCUCAUCCACACGCGCAACGUUCGUGACUGCACUGUACGACUUUGGUGGCCAGGGAGCUGGAGACCUGUCAUUCCGCGAAGGCGAUCGAAUCCGCGUCAUCAAGAAAACGGAGAGCACUGAUGAGUGGUGGCAGGGCGAGCUUAAUGGCGUCAAGGGUAGUUUUCCUGCAAAUUACUGCCGCUGA